AGACUAAUCUUCCUAUAGCUAGUGUUUAUUAUUCUCAAUCUAAGCUUAGCCGCUCUCUGUAUUGUAUUCGGGGUCAUCAGUUACUCUUCUUCACCUGCAAAAAAAAAAUCAGUUACUCUUCUUCUGCAAAAAGAAAAAAAAAAGGGGAUGAAUCUAGUUGCUGAUCAUAUAUAAAUAGACGUGAGGCAGAGAAGGAUACGCGCGCGGCCGUCCGAAGGUGGCGGACGGGCUUGCUUCUAUUAAUGCACGCUCUCUCUACCUCUCCACGCAUGCAUACACCUCCUCCAUCCAUCCAUGGCGGUCUCCAAGCCUCUCUUCCUCGCCGCCGCCGCCGUCGUCCUCCUCGUUGCAACCCUGCUCGUGGCCGUGGACGCUGAUGGUUCCUCCUCGGCGGCGGGCGGCGGCGGCGGGAGGACCCUGCUGGGCAUAGACUGCCCCAAGGCGUGCGAGGCGCGGUGCGGGAGGAACUGGAAGAACGAGAUGUGCAACAAGUUGUGCAACAUCUGCUGCGGCAAGUGCAGCUGCGUCCCCUCCGGCACCGGCCAGGACACCCGCAACGAGUGCCCCUGCUACGCCAACAUGAAGAACACCAAGAACGGCAAACCCAAGUGCCCCUAAAACCUAAACCAAACUAGCCAAGGCAAGCAAGCAUGCAAGGCGGGCUAAAAAUUAUGAUCCCAUCCCAUCCAUCAAUAAUCGCCGCCGCUCGACGCUGGUGUUCAUCUUAAUUAGCCUGCCAUUUUCCUUCCCUUUUGUUGUGGAUCAUAUAGAAUCGUGUAUGCUAAUGUGCUAAUAAUGUUAGUAUAAGCUGUUUGUUUAGGUCCUAAUGAAGGGAGGAGGAGAUCAAUGAGAGGUAGACCGAAGCUCCAUCUUCCGUUCCCCUCUUGUGUACUCAUCGUCCAUUAUGUAUCUGUAUUGCAAAAUAUGUAGUGUUGGAAGCAGUGUGGUUGGAUUGAGGUUCA